CGGGGUGGGAGAGCCCGGGUGCUCGGCAGGCAGGGGGCUGCUAUCCCCGCUCCCGCUGGCUGUAAGGAGCGGUGGGCGGAUGAAGAGCUCCAGGCCUCCCCCCGACAGCAGCCGAUCAGAGCAGCAGCCUCCGCCUCCUUCCUGAGCAGCCGCCGCCGCUUGCAGACUCAGCCCCCGUCCAGACUCAGAGCCGCGGCGGCCGCACUUUGCUCCCCUUGCCAUCCAAAGGGGCUCCGCAGCCUAGACGAGCUCCCGGGAGCUGGCGGGAAGCAGAGGAGGACGCGGGUGUCCCGCAGCACAGCAGAUUUGAGAUAAUACAUUUUCAGUAUGGGAAGGAGGAGAAUCUUGAAGGCUUGUUGAGCCAUGGAAAUGAUGUGUUCAAUCUGGAGUUGGAGGCAGAUGCAGAUGUGCUUAUGCUGGGCUUUCUAUCUAAAGAUGGGGAAACAAGGAGCAGUCACUAAUCCCUGAAAAUUACCCCAGCAGGCACUCUGCCACUCCAGAGAGGUACAUAUCUGAGGAGACUAAGAAAAGACUGUCAUGAAAAGACAGCCAGGGUUACGUCACUCCAUAGUGCCCACAGUUUCAGUAAAACAUGGAGGUGUCUUCCUUGGUUAAACGUCACCUUUAAAAGGAAACAUGGAUCCCAUAAACUCAACUGAACAAAAUUACACAUCAGAAGAACUGUUUAAAACAGUGACAUCAAAGAUUCUUGUUUCAUUUACUCUUUCUGUGCUGGCACUAAUGACAACGGCCAUCAACUCUCUGGUGAUGACUGCAAUAAUUGUGACAAAGAAGCUCCAUCACCCUGCCAACUAUUUAAUCUGCUCCCUUGCAGUCACUGAUUUUCUAGUUGCAGUCCUAGUGAUGCCCUUCAGCAUUGUGUAUAUUGUGAAGGAGACCUGGAUCAUGGGACAAAUAAUGUGUGACGUUUGGCUGAGCGUUGACAUUAUGUGCUGUACCUGUUCUAUCUUGCAUCUCUCUGCUAUUGCUUUGGAUCGGUACCGAGCAAUCACAGAUGCUGUGGAGUAUGCCAGGAAAAGAACACCAAAACAUGCAGGCAUCAUGAUUGCAGUGGUGUGGAUCAUAUCCAUUUUUAUCUCUAUGCCUCCUUUGUUCUGGAGGCACCAGACAACCAGCAAAGAUGACGAAUGCAUCAUCAAACACGACCACAUAGCUUUCACUAUUUACUGCACAUUUGGAGCCUUUUACAUCCCACUGGCAUUGAUUCUGAUCCUUUAUUAUAAAAUCUACAAAGCAGCAAAGACAUUUCACAGAAGGAGCGUAAGCCGCAUUGUAAGAGAGGAGGUAAAUGGACAAGUCCUCUUGGAACCGAGUGAGAGAAGCACCAAAUUGGCUUUGACGCACUACACAACAGAUAAAACAUCUGAUCCCUCGACAGACUUGGAUAAAAUCCAUACCACAUUGCGAAGCCCUAAGUCAGAGGCCAAACAAGAGAAAACCUGGAAAAAACAAAGAAUCUCCAGCACGAGAGAAAGAAAGGCAGCAACUACCCUGGGCUUGAUUUUGGGCGCAUUUGUGAUCUGCUGGCUCCCCUUUUUUGUAAAGGAAGUUGUUGUUAACACCUGUGAAAGAUGUCACAUUUCAGAAGAAAUGUCCAAUUUCCUGACAUGGCUGGGAUACAUCAAUUCUCUUAUUAACCCGCUAAUCUAUACAAUCUUUAAUGAAGACUUCAAGAAAGCAUUUCAGAAGCUUGUGCAAUGCAAGCAAUGACAGAGUAUUUGGUCUUCUAACACUGAACCUGAAAAGAGAUUUUUUUUAAAAUAUAUAUAAAUUGAUAAGACUUCUAAAGAGAGACAUUUGUUGUGUUUAGGAAAGACAUACACAUACAUGGCAAGGUGCGACUGAUACAAAGAACUCCAAGGAACAGUCCUCAACUAUUUGAGCUAAAAGAUCAGCCAUAGGAGGUCUCGAGUUCUUUCUGUGCUGCAAACAGCUGAUGGAAGAGGACAUGUUCUCCCACUCGCAUACACAAGCACACAGAUCCUGAAUCAGUGGGAACAAAGGGGGGGUCUCUAGCCACCCACAACAAAAACUGCCACAAAUUACAACCUAUUUUCUUCAAAUGAAAACAGUAUGCAAUUUAAGGGGGCACAAUACUGAAGAAUCUGAAGUGGUAGUAAAGCAGCCAGCCAGUUCUAAACAUGGGGAAAGACAAAUAAGCAUGAAGUACAAAAUUCAAAUUAGGCUAUUUAUUUAUUUUUUUAAAUAACCUGUAUCUCAAGAAUAGUUUGAUGGAUUUUUCUUCCACAUUUGCCUUCAGGUUAAAUCUGAUCAUUUCCAAUGUCCCCAAUCAAUUCUCCAGGCGGGCAACCUAUUGCAGCUAAAGCUGAACUUUACAUUAGAAGAUUGUUGCAACCUCAACUAUUGAGUCUUAUCUCCCCAUAAUUUCACUUUAUGAUGUCAAUGCACUGAAGAAAUAUUAAGUAACUAACCCUCACUGCCUCCCUUUGAGGUAGGUAGGUAUUAUCUCCAUUUUACAGAUGAGUGAAAAAGCACAGACAAAAGAAAAGUUUAAUGCCCAACAUUUUCAAAAGCUUGGGCAGCAGCAAAUAGUCACUUGGGUGCCAUCCAGGAGGCUGAAAGAUGGUGACUGGUCCACACCCAAGCUAACUGAGCAGCCAAUGGCUUGAGCACAGGCACCCAGUUAGGUGUCCCCGUGAACUCCUGAAAAUGCUAAAGGUCUGCACCAGGUGCUCAAAAAUUAAUUGUACUAAGAGAAUGGACUAUGCCAGGAGGUGCAACAAAAGCUAUUUAAAUAGCAGCCCUGAUGGGUUGCUUGCAAUCUGUGCACCCUUAAACCAUGAUGGUGCACAGAGCAAUGACCCACAUACACACUGAAGAGAGAGAGAAAACGAACACAGGAUUUAGUGAGGGUUUAUAGAAUUAAUACAGGGAAGGAGGGAAAGUCAGGAUUAGGGCAGGGGCUACAUAAGGCCGGGAAGAGAUAGAAAGGGCUGUGGCUGACAUACCCAACUUUUGAGAGAGAGCAGAACAGCAAUGUGGAGAGGCCGCAGUAUCGCACCUAGCCAAGUUCCAUGUAUACAUCAUGAGACACGGUGUAUUUUUAAAAAAAUAAUAGAUCUAUUAUACAUUUAAAAAAAAAUAAACCUCUUUCAAAUGAAACCUGAUUUCAAUACAAAAUGGGUUAAGGCCUAUUCUACUUGUAAUCUCUGAAGACAUUUAAAUUAAAAAAAAAUAUGCUGAACCCAUGAGCCUGUAUCAAAAACGUUGCCUGAAAAGUCUGCUUGUCGAAAGAAUCAGGGGAAAGCAUCUAAACUUUUGAAACAAAGCUCUAUAAAUAGGGCACAAUAGGUCUUUCAUGAAGGGCUUGAUCUGGUAGGGGACCCAGAGGCAGUGCUGCUGGUGCAAGAAAUUGGCGAAGUCAUCACAGGCAUUGGGGGACAGCUUCUUACUCUAGGAGACACCAACAGGAUCAUCCACUUAGCCCAGUUGGGUGGUCUCAGUCUCCUAUUUUAUAGCGGCUCCCUACCUGAGCUCUGAUUGGCUCAGUUCAUAAAUUACAAUUUUUUUUACUUUAACCACCAUGGGCACUUACUCUCCAGCUCAUGGAAAAACACUGAUUGCUCAGUAACUACCAGACAUUGUGUCUGGGUGACUGGUCACUUCAAGUAAAUGGCCUUGGUCUGUGUCCUUGCAUGCUUGCAGAGAGACACAAAUCCAUUAAUUUCUCAACUGCCCCCCCCCCAUCUCUAAACAAUCAAAUACUGCAGUGCAAAAGGCAUGUAGGUAUUACGGGCAGAAGCCUUGAAUUGCUGGUAGUUGGUGUGCUUUUCUGGGGGCAGAGGAGUUCUUAACAAGGGAGCAGGAGCAGAGGGCGCAACCAGCAAGGAGCAAAACUGGUGCCAAAGCAGGACACCAGGGGAAGAAGAGACAACAUUCUUCAGAGUGCAGCCUCUAGUGUUGAUUUCAACACCUGGGAACUUGAAGGAAAAAACCUGCCAUGGGGGCAGGUUGUAAAAAAGACCCCUAUCGGGGAAUAUUUUCAAGAAAUUCCUGUACCUCUGGGUAAAAAGGAACAUGUGUCAAAUGUAAGCAGUGCAAGAAAGAGCUGCAAGGCCUGGCUGUCAGAAUAAAACAACAUGAAAAAUGCUCUUCAAGAGGCAAUGACUUUGAAGAUGAUGUGGACAGGUCUGAACUAUCUGGAUCAACUGAGUCCAGGUUACACAUAAGGGGCUACGAAUGUCCAUCGUCUGCAACUUCAGAGUCAUCUGCCAACACCACAAGCAGCAUGGCAACUACACAUUUGUCAGACAGUAAAUUACCUGUAAUAAAAAACACCACACAGCCUUUCUUCAUCAUCCGGUAACACCCUAGAUGACUUAAUAAUCAGGACCAGCAAAUUCCAGCAAGACUCCAAAGAUGAAAAGAUUGCUUGGUUCACUUUUGCAACACAUCCUCCUUUUUGUCUUGUUUAGAACAAACGUUUCAUUGACAAGUUUCGCUCAUUACGACCAGUCAACACUCCACCCAACAGAGCAGACAUCCCUGGAAGGUUCCUGGAUACAAUCUAUAAGAAGUAAACUGAAUAGUGUGUAAUAAAUAUUGACAGGAAAUUCAUUAAAUUGAUGGGUGGAGCAAUGUACACAAUGAUCCAGUAGUCUGUGCUUGUGUGAUAACAAAGACGGAGUUGUCUAUCUUACAGAAACAAUUGAUCCAUCAGGAAACAUGCAUUUAGCAGAAUAUUUAAGCAGCAGUAAAAUCGAUAAACUGUGAACAAAAAAUUCAAGUGUAUACCUUUGUCAUAGGCAAUGCUGCAAAUGUAGCAAAGAUUAAACAAAAUCUAGAAGAUAAUGAAGGAAACCUGAAACGUACAACAUUAUGGGUACAGUGCUCAUUUGCUGCAUCUUUUAGCCAAAGACUUACGUACAACUCCAAGAAUAAGAGAAAACGUUGCUGAAAUUGCAAAAUAUUCUCAUCACCACCAGUUCGCUUCAGCAAAGAGAACAGGAGGGUCUAAACUAAUUUUCCUCUAUGAAGUACAAUGGAAUUCAGUGGUUGACUGUUUUGAGCUAUUUAUUAAGAAUUGUCCUAUUCUGAUGACAAUUUGUGAAGAAAAUUGCAACAAAACAGAUGGAACUACUAUAGCCAAAGUAGUCAACAUCAGACUAAAGAGAAUAUACAUGAUGUACUGAAAUACAGAUACCUAUUUCCAUAGCCUUAAACAAACAGUAGAACGACUACUGCUGUAUUGCUGAAGUUGUUGAAAUUUGGAAAGAACUUUGAGACAUUAAAAAAAGAAAUACUCAACUACAAAGUUAAAUUGCAGGCAGUAAAGAAACAAAUGGAUCAAGCACUUACUGCACUUAAUUUUCUUGCCAAUUACCAGGUAUAUAUGUAACUGCUGAAGAAGCAGCAGCUGCUAUGACAUGGGGUAUCACUAAUCAUACCAAUAAUAAAUUUCAGGGCUGGACGUGAACCAUUCAAGCAGUACAUGUUUGCUGAUGAUGGUUUAAAGAAAGUCACACCACUGAACUGGUGGAAAUCACUAGCUAAGCACCUGGAACCAGACUUUGAUGAAGUGCUAAACCAGUUUUAGACAGCGGUAGCCUCUUCUGCAGGUACAGAAAAAAUAUUCUCUUUAUUUGGACUCAUUCAUUCCAAACUGAGAAAUCAAUUGGGAGUUGGAGAAAAAACAACAACACAAAAACUUGUCUGUGUCUUCUAGUCUAUGAAUAAGAGUAAGGAGGGAGAGGAUGAGAUCUACUAGUUGAAAAGUUUGAAAGACAGUUUAGAGUAAUUUAGGAAACAAUCUCAUUUUCAAGAGACUUGGGCAAGUAGGACCUUAAGUUCUAGUCACUUUCACAUAGGCAUAUUUGAAAAUUUGCCCAGGCUGACCCCAAAUAACCAAUUUAAUUCACUAACUACAGUUAAUCCUUCUGUUUAAUAAAUCAUUUAGCUGUAAAUGUGAAAUGUGUUUUGAUGAGAAAUUUAUGUAUCCAAAACAUUUAAGGUUGUUUUGUUUAAUAAAAUAUAUUUUAUAUGCUG